AUGCCUUUACUUGCGGCCCUGCAAAUGGUGGCAGCCAAUGUGCAUGCUCCUGCGACUGUAAUGUUUUUUGUAAACAGACUGCUUGCCAAAAUGGCUUUUGCAGUAACUCUUGUAAUUGUAACAAAUCACUUAAAAGAUCUAUUUUUGCAUAAAUAG